UUUUGGGCGUGCACACACGCCCGUUUAGAACCGCGCCCUCAACCCGAGGGAAGCGACCUCGCGCGUUCCCCCCCCGCAGGCAGUCGCUGGUCCCCGCUGGCCACGUGGGCGGCGUAUCCGUUCCGCGUGGGGCCAGGAGCGGGCGACUCGGUCCAAGCGCGUUCUCGGUGGCUGAGGCUGAGGGGGGAGGCGAUAACGGGGAAAGCGAAGCCCGGCCGUCUUCCGCGAGAGAAGGUGAAGGGGUGGAACGGAAACUGGAAAAGAAACGCGCAGUUGCUUGGAGCUACUGUUUGGAGGAGGUCAUCUCAACAUGGCUGUGUUUUCCAGCUAACUCAGGGAUGAAAGGGAAAACAGCAUUUUCAUGGAACCCAGUGAAACAGAGCAAAAUUUCUCCGUGUGAUCGAUACAAACAUGCCUGCUGCAUCUGUAGGGGAUUCCUUUAUGUUUAUGGUGGCCGGAGAAAUACCAGCUUGAGUGAUUUCUGGCGGUUCAAAAUAGUGAGUAAUGAAUGGGAGAAGCUGGACAAUUCAAAAGAUGGCCCAGAAGAACUGGAAGAGCACACAAUGGUGGAUUAUCAGGAUAUCCUGUAUAUCUUUGGUGGAAUGGUAGAUUCAGCUUUCACACAGAAGAUAAAUCCCCUAUGGAUGUAUGACACAGAUUCAACCAAGUGGAUAGCCUGCCAGCUCCCAGCAGUAGAGGGUGAGGCUCUAGUUCCUGUUAAUCGGAAGGGCCACAGUGCUGUGGUCUACAGGGGCCAUAUGUAUAUAUAUGGGGGAUACAUUGACAUUAAAGGUGCUUCCCAAGAAUUCUGGACCUUUCAUUUUGAUACAAAACAGUGGACCCCUGUAUCAGCUGCAUCCAGUGGGGGUAGCCCGGGCCCCCGACAUGGUCAUUCUGCUGUGGUUUAUGGCAAUGGCAUGUACUUGUUCGGAGGAUUAAUGGGAUUGAGCGAACAGAAGGACUUCUGGAUGUGGGAUUUCAUGGCCACCAACUGGUCUAGUAUCAGGAGAAGCCAGGGGCCUCCAAGAGUGGUGGGCCAUUCUGCUUUAAUCUUUGAAGAUUCCAUGCUAGUCCUUGGUGGAGGCAUUUCUAACACUAAGCCAAGUAGUAUUUUGUGGCAAUAUCAUUUUCCAUCUCAAAUGUGGAAAAAACUGCCUAGCCCCAUGGCACUUUCAUCCAAAGCAUAUCAUCACAUGCUGGGAACUGGAUUUGGUGUCCAAGGGGCUGCUGAUUCUCCGCUGAGAUCACUGAGCUGCUUGAAUUUUAAAGAAAAGGGUUGUUCAAAGCUACUGGCUCUUUCUAAACAGCAUUCCUGUUUCUGUGAGCAUCUUCAUGGGGAACCUACAUACCAGAUACUCAACAAUGACGGUGGCUCUGAAAUAGAAAUGAAAACUUUUUGCCGGUCUUCGAUGGAGCUAGGAUUCUUUUCAUAUCAAACCACUUCCAGUGCAGAAUUGAAUUCAGCUCCAGCAGCAGAGUUGCCAUGUAAAGUAAGGCCCUCAUAUCUCAACAUCGCCAAAGAACAGGAGUUUGCCACCACAGAUCUAACAGCUGGAGGGUCAAGCUUAGGCUCUCUGAAAAAUGGAAAUGGGGACGUUUGUGAAUCCUCUGUUGUGAUGCUACUUGUUGGAGGUAAACCUCUGUCCAGUUCCUCUGCAAUCUCAUUUUGGCAAUUGGAACUAAACAGAACUUAAAUGGCAGAUCACUCCCAAGAGGCAGAAGACAUGGCUAGGCUCCGUGAAGUCAGCGUCUAGGAAGAAUCACUUGACAAUUCUUGCUUACAGUUGUAUCAUGAAACCUAAGUUCAUGCUUUUUUGUGUGAGUGCAAAGUAUUUGGGAAUCCAUAAAACAUUUUUCUGGAAGAAUCUUUUCAGCUCUUGUAGCUAUGCUCUGUAGACAACUUGGGCCUGCGCAUGCAGAUGAGGCAGUAUAAUUAUGAAGCAGCCAUUGGUUGCAUUCAUUUUUUUCUUUCUUCGUGUACCACUUCAAAGCCCUUUGCAAAUUAUCUACAUAACUCCUACAAGAACCCCAGUAAGAUAAUUCCCAUGACUAAGGUAAAGGUGGUGCUGCGGGUUAAACCGCUGAGCUUGCUGAUCGGAAGGACGGCAGUUCGAAUCCACGUGACGGGGUGAGCUCCCAUUGCUAGUCCCAGCUCCUGCCAACCUAGCAGUUCGAAAACAUGCAAAUGUGAGUAGAUUAAUAGGUACCACUUCAGCAGGCAGGUAAUGGUGUUCCGUUUAGUCAUGCCGGCCACAUGACCAUGGAAGUGUCUAUGGACAAACGCCGGCUCUUCGGCUUUGAAACGGAGAUGAGC